AUGCACAUCGUUACUGUUAGUAGCCUCUGUCCUUCCUUUUGGCAUUCCUCUCCUCUUCAUUGCCUCUUGCCAUCGCCGGUGGUGGAGCGCCUCGCUCCAUUCUGCUCCCACCCCACCGGAGUAGAAGGCUCCUUGCUCUCAACCGGCGCCGCUGCUGCCGCCUGCCACCUCUUGUCGCCUCGCCCUUCCCUCGCCGCUCUCUUGAUUGCUCCUCCGUUUGGCACCUCCAGUGAAGCGCCUCGUUCGCAGCAUACCUGCACCUCCAGGCGCACGCCCUGCAUUGGGCUCGCCCCAUCAGCCAUGGCUCGGAUGACUGCACUGUCCGUGCCGCUGCCAGGGCUUCUGGUCGCCCUCCUCACUGCUGCCAUCGCUUCCAUUGCUGUCGUCCGCAUCAUCAUGCCACUUGGAAGGGAAGCUUUCUGUCGUGCCCCAGUUACGGAUGAUCUUCCACAUGACACUGGCAGCCACGAAGUCAACAACCCUCUAAUGCUCCCGUCUGCUUCCCUGCCGCAUGAUAACGCUACUGUGACGUGUGAAAAUGCCACAUGCGGACCUGACUCUCAGGCUAAUGCCGCCAAUGCCAUCACCGCAUCUCUUCGGCAUGCCCACGCUCACAACACACCUAUUCACUCCGUCCACACCAUGUCUCCAGGUGCAAUUCAUCUGCUCGUGCUGUAUUUUGCCAUCUGUACUGUGGGAACGCUGCUGUGGGGGAUGGGCGUGACCCACACGCAAGUCAGAGCAUGGGUGCAUCAGCAGGGCUUGGCUGUGACGGCUGGGCUGAUGAAGCUGAAGAGUGCAACCAAGUGCCUUCUGCCACGUGGAAGCUUCUCCCUACAGCACAGCCCCAUAAAGUGUGCCUAUUCCAGGAUGCAGCGAGUGGAUUUGAGAGAGCUGAGAGGGGAGGGUAGACAGGGAGAGGAUGAAAUGCGAGCGGAGUUGGCAAGAGAGAGGGAGGAGAGGAGGAGGGAGAUGCAGGAGGUAGAGAGGAGAAGAGCAGCAGACUUGACAGAGAUGAGAAGGCAGGUGGAGGUGAGGGAGAGGGAGCUGAGAGCAGUGAGGAUCGAGGUGAAUGCAGUGAAGGGGGAGGUGAGUGCAGUGAAGGGGGAAGUGACAGCAAUGAAAGGGGAGGUGGCAGGAGCGGAAAGGGAGAUGGCUGAGCAGAAGCAGUCAACUGCAUUGCAGCUGGAGGAGGUUGAGAGAAGACGAGUGGCGGAGAUGAGGGGGCAGGUGGAGGAGAGCGAGAGAGAGUUGGCUGCAGUGAAGAAAGAGUUGGCUGAACACAGGAGUCUUCUCAUGAAGAUGGAUGUUGACCUGCAAAUCAGGGAGAGUGAAGGCGAUCGGAAGACGGCAUGGGAGGGGACUGAGGAGGGGCGUGGAGGCAAGGGGUCGGAAGAAUGA